CAACAGCAACAGCAACAUCAGCAUCAGCAUGGGCAGCAACAACAGACUCACAAGAUUAACAAUAACAGCACCAACACUUCAUCAGGACAUCACCACCAUCAUCAUCACCACCACCAUCACUCAGCCAGAGCAGCUGGCUCGGGCGCCACCUACCAGCAGCAUCAGCAUCACCAACAGCAACAGCCACGAGCAUCCACUAUCAAACUCUUAGACCCCUACCAGAAGUGCUCCACAAAGCGCAAGUGCUUUGACCACAAUGGCAGUGGCGGUGGUAGUUUGGGUCUAGAGAGUGGGAAGGUGGGGCCCCCAGGUGGUGCCCCAGGAACAGCCUCCAAGACGGUGGCCCACGGGAAGGUGGCCCUGGGUGGCGGGGCACACAAUGCCACCAAGGGCGUCAAUUCAAAUGCUGCUGACGGAGACUAUCAGUUGGUACAACAUGAGGUGUUGUACUCCCUCACUGCCCAGUAUGAGGUGCUGGAAUUCCUGGGGCGUGGCACAUUUGGCCAAGUGGUCAAAUGCUGGAAAAAGGGCACCAAUGAUAUUGUGGCCAUUAAAAUCCUCAAGAAUCAUCCCUCCUAUGCUAGGCAGGGUCAGAUUGAGGUUGGAAUCUUGACAAGACUCAGCCAGGAAAAUGCAGAUGAGUACAACUUUGUGCGAGCAUUCGAGUGUUUCCAGCACAAGAACCACACCUGUCUGGUGUUUGAAAUGCUUGAACAGAACCUGUAUGAUUUCCUCAAACAGAAUAAAUUCUCACCACUGCCUCUUAAAUUCAUCAGACCUAUUUUACAACAGGUUUUAACUGCACUUCUUAAACUUAAGCAACUUGGCCUGAUCCAUGCUGACCUCAAGCCAGAAAAUAUCAUGCUGGUUGAUCCAGUCAGACAGCCAUAUCGAGUCAAAGUCAUAGAUUUUGGCAGUGCUUCACAUGUUAGCAAGGCAGUCUGUAACACCUACCUACAGUCCCGCUACUACCGAGCUCCGGAGAUCAUUUUGGGUCUCCCUUUCUCUGAAGCCAUCGACAUGUGGUCCUUAGGCUGUGUUAUAGCAGAACUGUUCCUGGGUUGGCCACUCUAUCCUGGGUCCUCAGAAUAUGACCAGAUUCGUUACAUCAGCCAGACUCAAGGGAUCCCAGCAGAGCAUAUGCUGAACAAUGCUACAAAGACCACAAAGUUCUUUUACCGAGACAAUGAGUCAACAUACCCAUUCUGGAGACUAAAGACCCCAGAGGAACAUGAAGGAGAGACAGGCAUCAAGAGUAAAGAGGCUCGUAAGUACAUCUUCAACUGUUUAGAUGAUAUGGGUCAGGUUAAUGUACCCACGGAGCUGGAAGGCGGUGAGCUUUUGGCAGAGAAGGCAGAUCGACGUGAGUUUAUAGAUCUUCUCAAAAGAAUGCUGACCAUGGACCAAGAGAGACGAAUAACCCCUGGAGAAGCUUUACAACACAGCUUUGUUACUUUACAACACCUUCUAGACUAUCCACACUGCUCCAAUGUGAAAGCAUCCAUGCAGAUGAUGGAAGUAUGCAGACGGCCAGCUCCCCCUUACGCCACUGCAGCAACUGUUUCACAGGCACAAGCUCUUCCACCUUCUCUUAUGCCCAACUAUGUCCACUCUACAAAUGGCUCGGUUACGCUAACAUUCAACAACCAGAUUACCAAUCAGGUACGCAAUGAGAGGAAUCCAGGACAUUUCGGCACCAGACGAUUCAGCGGCAGGCAGCACCUCACCACAAAAUAUGGCUUAUAUCAAGGAAGCCGAAGUGGACGUGGAUAUAGUGGCAGUAGUCGUGGAGAAGCAGCGGCAGCAGCAGCAGCGGCAGCAGCUUUCCAACCUCAGCUGGUCCCAUCAAUCCUCUGUCCACCACCUGCGGCUGCAUACCAAGGCCUUGCUUCACCUGGCAAACAUGUAACAGUUGUAACACAACAGCCACAGUUACAACUCCAGCCAUCUUUACUCUCACAGCAGGUGGGAGGCGGAGGUCAAUAUGUGCCAGUAUCAAUGGUGGAGCAACCAGGACGAGGAAUGCUCCUAACAACAGGAGCUGCCGUAGGGGGUGGCUGGGGGCGUGGGGGACAGAUGGCUCUUGUACCUGGUGGAUGGCAACAGCUUCCACAACCUCCAACUUCCCUUCAACAGCCAGCAAGUCUCCUUCCUGAUGCUACAGAUGCUUGGAGACGCACAUUUCUGGUGGACUCAUCAGUUGUGCAAGGAGAUGCCCCUCCUGCCAUGUUUCCCGUUGAUCUCCAUCCUGAAUUGUAUGAGGCCUACCCAUCUGGCACAUGGGCAGGAAGUAAGAGGUCUAGUAAGGCCUCCCUUAUGGGCCACUCCAGCGCUCAUGCAGCCCACACUUUGCAUGUCACUGGAAGACCAACUCAGCCACCUGCACAUGACAAGAAGGACCUGAGCCAGCAACUUUCACCUGUUAAGAAACGUGUGAAAGAAGGCACACCACCAGGUGCAUCUUCAGCCCACUGGGGAGCAACCAGCACUGCACAACAAAUUAGUCACAGCAACUAUCAUACCAGUCACAACAGUCACCAUUCUACACACCACCCGGGACAUUCCAGUCAUGUGGGUCAUCCCCACCAUCAGGCGCACCACUCAAACCACUCCAACCAUCAUUCAAGCCACUCCUCCAGUCAUCACAUUGUCACUCAUGGGAACCAUACAGGCCACCAAAGCCAUAGUAGCAGUCAUAAUUCUCACAAUGGUGGGCAUCCUGGAUUACCUUCACAGCAAACACACAACAGUCAGCAGCACUCCAGCAGCAGUUACAAUGGAAAUAUGGGAGGCAGCGGCCGGCAGCAGACCAUCACCAUCCGUGACACUCCUUCUCCUGCAGUCUCAGUCAUCACUAUCAGUGAUAGUGAUGAUGAAGCAGGAGGUAAAUGCUGCAAAGAUAGACAUUGUGCAACUUGCGUCAACAAUAACCAUGGCAAGAUUGCAGUGUCUUCUCACCAGCAGCAUCAGGUCUCCCAUGACGACAAAUAUGCCAGUCUGUCCCACAAUUACUCGUCAGUGGGUGCGUCUCAGAGCCAGAAGAAGCGUCUGCUAGCCAAGGCCCAAAGCGAGUGCAUGCUCCAUGUGGCUAAGCCUGAGGCACGGGACUAUUCAACACAGCAAGCAAGGGAUGAUAUUUAUACUACUAGAGAGCACCUGGCUCCCUCCUCGCGCAUGUCAGGGACUCCCUUCUACAGCCACCGCCUGCCCACCGUGACAACCUCCCGCCACCCGCAGCUCACACUCGUGACCAUGCCCGUAGUCACUCUCACACUCACUCUCAUGCACACACACAACCCCCACAGGCCCAUAAAGACUAUUCAGUACAGUCAACUGUGCACCCGGCUGGUAAGAAUGCUGCAUUUCAUGGCUUGAGUUUUUCUCCAAACU